AAGUAGAUACCUACUUGUUUAGGUAACCUCACAUUCUUUCUCCUAUUUCUUGCUUCAAUCAGACAAACGAAAAAUAUAUUUCUUUAAAAUUAUGAUCAUCAAAUAAAUACUUUUAUAAAUUUUAUUCUAACUUGAACUAGUAUUAUAUAAAGCAUAAUGUUGAGGAAUAUUAAAACGGCUUCAAAUAAUGUCAUGAACAUAGCAUCAAGAGUAAAGUUCCCUGAAAAAUUUAAGGGAACAUUUUUAGAGAAAUGGUCAAAUUAUUGGAAGAAUUUAUUUAUUGACUAUCGCCAAGCACUACAAGACCUAAGAUCUGAUAUCCAGGAUGAGCCCAGGAAAGCGUUAAUUUGGACAACAACGCUGGCGUCAAUAUAUGCACUUGCAAAAAAUAAUCCAACUGAAUUGGAUUUCCAGGAUAACUUGAAGAGGAUAACUAAUGAAGUAGCUCUAGUCAGCGAAGAUUGUCGAAAUAAAGCAUCGAUUGAACACUUGAGGCAUAUAGACAUGAGUUAUAAUCAAGGAGUUAUUCAUUACAGAAACCUGGGGAUAGCGUCAAUAAUGUACACCUCAGAGUUAAAUGAAUCCUGUGAUUUAUAUAAGAUACAAUGUUCAUAUUUAAAGCCAGCAUUCUAUACUUUUCCAUCAAGAAUUAUUGAUGUAGGUUUUAUGGGACGAUGGUGGAAUAUUUAUAUUAAGACAGCAAAUUAUGAUGUUAAUGAAUAGAUGUAUGAACAUAAUGUACAAUAUAUGGUUAUUUAUUAGAUAAACCUAGUUUUAUUUUAUUACUACACUUUGUUGACAUGUAUGAGUCUAUCAAGAUAUUACAUCACAGGCUUUAGUUAUCAAAAUAAAUGUUGCUCAGGUUUAAUAUCUAGGCUUACAAUGAAAAUGCAAACAUACUAUCUAAAUCUUUCCCAUAGAUGUAGUAAAACAAGACUAUGGGAUAGAGUUAUAAACUUGUAAAUAGUAUGUGUAAAAAUAAGUUCAUGCCAUCUAAAGAAAGUGAUAAGCAUAAUGUACCUAUCUAAAGUAGAAUAAUUUCCAUUAUAGGCUAAUAGAUGGCAACAGUGCAAAAUAGGCCUAAAUAAUCGCCAUUAUAGUCUCUGAUUUCAAGUGUUAAAUUUUUUCAUCAUUUAUUUUGACUGUAAAAUCAUGUCCAUUUGACCAUGAUUCAGGAUUGGGUAAGUCAGGUUUUAACACGAUCUGACUUCUGUUACCUCUGCGGGGGAAUCUAACCCACAGAUUUAUCUAUUCUAUUAAUAAAUUUUCGACAAAAUGUAGGUAUAUCGAUUUAUAAAUAAAUGAAUAUGAAUAUUUA